CCAUACGCAUGACCCAGAGAUGUUAGUUUGCAGAACCUGCUGCUGCUGAACUCUUUUUUUGUCGGAUGUUUUAUCUCAGCCUCCGUCCUGCAGGUUUGAGCUGCAAACCUGCAAAAAAACGAGCUGAAAUCAUGAAUCCUACCUGGAAUUUACAGUCCUUGCACCUCAGCUGCAAGUGUUACACCUAAAAUGAUCUGUGCUGACACCUAAGCUCUACCUGCUGGGGUGCUUUCCUCUGGUUUUUCCCAGCAUGCAAUACUCCUUCGAUGGUUUCACUUUCACUUCUGACUUGUUUGCGCUGAAACUGCGUGCAGAAGACGACAAGGUGAGAAGAUUUUCUUCUUCCACUGUCACCAUGUUGGCUCCCCUCCUCUUCCUGCUGGUCUUCGCCCUCGUUCCUCACUCAUUUGGGGCUCAGCUACCAAAUCAAAACCAAGCCAAGGAGCCUCCCGUAGCCGCCAACGGCCAGCCAUUCCCCUGGGACCGCAUGAGGCUUCCCAAAACCGUCACUCCCCUCCACUAUGACCUGAGCAUCCACCCAAACCUGACCACCCUGGACUUCAGCGGCGUCGUUCGUAUUGAGCUGGAUGUGCAUGAAGACACCAGCACCGUGAUUCUCCACUCCAAGCAGCUACAGAUAUCCGGCGCGCUGCUCAUGGCCCCUGAAGGAGUGAAGCCCCUUCAGGUUCUGGAGUAUCCUCGCUUUCAUCAGCUCGCUCUGCUGUCAGACUCGGUGCUGACCAAAGGCAGGAAGUAUGAAGUUCAGCUGGAGUUCGCUGCCAACUUGUCUGACAGCUUCCAUGGUUUCUACAAGAGUAGCUACAGAACCAGCAGCGGGGAGGUCCGGGUCCUGGCAUCGACGCAGUUUGAAGCCACCUUUGCUCGCGGAGCUUUCCCCUGUUUUGAUGAACCGGCCUUCAAAGCCAACUUUACUAUACGGAUCGUACGGGAGCCGCGACACAUAACCAUCUCCAACAUGCCCAAGGUUAAAACUGUUGAGCUGCCAGGCGGUUUGCUUGAGGAUCACUUUGACACCACUGUUAAAAUGAGCACCUACUUGGUGGCUUACAUUGUGUCUGACUUCUUGUCUGUGAGCAAAACCACCAAGCAUGGUGUCGAGAUUUCAGUCUAUGCUGUCCCCGAAAAGAUCGACCAGACAGCCUUUGCGUUGGACGCUGCUGUCAAGCUGUUAGACUUUUAUGAUGACUAUUUUGAUAUUCCUUACCCGCUUCCCAAACAGGACCUGGCUGCUAUCCCUGACUUCCAGUCAGGUGCGAUGGAGAACUGGGGUCUGACCACCUACAGAGAGACUGGCCUCCUCUUUGAUCCUGACAGGUCCUCUGCCUCCGACAAGCUGGGCAUCACUAAGGUCAUCGCCCAUGAGCUGGCGCACCAGUGGUUUGGCAACCUGGUGACGAUGGAGUGGUGGAACGACUUGUGGCUCAACGAGGGUUUCGCAAAGUUCAUGGAGUAUAUUUCCCUCGACAUCACCUACCCAGAACUGCAAGUGGAUGACUUCUUCUUGGGGAAAUGUUUCGAGGCGAUGGAGGUGGAUUCCCUCAGCUCCUCUCACCCAGUCUCCACCCCCGUAGAAAACCCCACACAGAUCCAGGAGAUGUUCGACGAUGUGUCAUAUGACAAGGGAGCCUGUAUUCUGAACAUGCUGCGGGACUUUCUUACUCCUGAGGCCUUCGAGAUCGGCAUCAUCCGAUACCUCAAACGUUACAGCUACCAAAACACUGUGAACAGCCACCUGUGGGAGAGUCUGACCAAUAUCUGCGAAUCAGAUGACCUGGUCGAAGGUCGAAUGGAACACAGAGAAUUCUGCUCCAAACGUAAACUUCAGUCUGGAACCUCUAAGUGGCACUCUGGUGAUGAGCUGGACGUCAGAGCCAUCAUGGACACCUGGACGCUGCAGGAAGGAUUCCCACUGCUCACUGUGGAGGUCAGAGGUCGGGAGGUCCGGCUGAGUCAGGAGAGAUUCCUGAAGACGAACGAUCCCUCCCUCACUGAAGGCUUCCUGUGGCAGAUCCCUCUGACCUACAUGACCAGCGCCUCCAGCACCAUCCACCGCUUCCUGCUCAAGACAAAGACUGGUGUGCUGUACCUGCCGGAGGAGGUGGACUGGGUCAAGUUCAACGUGGACAUGAGUGGCUACUACAUGGUUCACUAUGCAGGCGACGGCUGGAACUCCAUCAUCAAAGUCCUGCAGCACAACCACACGGCUCUGACCAGCAACGAUCGCGCCAGCCUCAUCCAAAACGUCUUCCAGCUGGUCAGCGUGGGGAAGGUGAGGCUGGACACGGCUCUGGAGCUGUCGCUGUAUCUGUCCAGAGAGACGGAGAUCAUGGCUGUGACUCAGGGCUUCGGAGAGCUCGUACCUCUUUACAAACUGAUGGAGAAGAGAGACAUGGCGGCUCUGGAGAAUCAGAUGAAGGGCUACAUUGUCGAUCUGUUCCGGGGGCUGAUCGACCGGCAGGAGUGGACGGACUCUGGCUCAGUUUCUGAGCGAGUGUUGAGGAGUUACCUGCUGCUGUUCGCCUGCGUCAGGAAAUACCCUCCAUGUCUGAACAAAGCCACGCAGCUCUUUAACCAGUGGAAGGACUCCGACGGCAACAUGAGCCUCCCAGUUGACAUCACAAUGGCUGUGUUCAUAACCGGAGCUCAGACGGCAGAAGGGUGGGACUUCCUGUUUGAGAAGUACCGCCACUCGAUGCAAACGUCUGUCAGGAGCCGCAUGAAGACUGCCAUGGCUUGGAGUCCACGGAAGGACAAACUCCAGUGGAUGAUGGAGCAGAGCCUCCACGGUGAGGUGAUGAAGACUCAGGACCUCCCAGAUGUCGUCGUGUCCAUCAGCAAGAACCCACACGGCUACAAACUGGCCUGGGAUUUCCUCCGAGCCCACUGGCACACCAUGAUCAAGAAGUUUGACCUCGGCUCCAGCACUAUAUCAUACUUGGUGACUGGAGUUACCAACCAGUACUCUACCACAGAGAUGCUCGAUGAGAUACGAAGCUUCUUCGGCUCCCUGACCGAGGAGACGGGCUCAGAGAUGAGGUGCAUCCAGCAGACCUACGAGACCAUCGAGGAUAACAUCCGCUGGAUGGACAAAAACCUUCCUCUGCUGCAGGCCUGGCUGAACAAACGCAACCACAGAGUGCCUCAUGAGGAUUUAUAGCUACAAGGGAAACUAAAUGUCUAAUGUGGAUCAUUAUGUUGCUCCAGGCAGAAACAGAGGUGUGGCCUCGCUUGACAAAUUAAAAGUUGAUGACAACAAUCACACAUGUCAAACUUGCAACUUAAAAAAACUUAAAAAGUAAUAACAGAUUCAGAAUUUCUGUGUAAAAUCAUCACAACAACGGCAGGUACUCUUUCUUUUGAAUAGGUAGUUAGACAUUAGUUGGACAUUAUUUAAUCUGCCACUUCUGAUUGAUCAUGACAGUGACUUUUUUACACCAAGUGUUGUUCAGUGGGCAAAUAAGUACAUUUUUUAGGUCUAUAAGGGUCUAAUUAGGUAUUGUAAAUACCACCAGUAUGUGAAAAAUAGCCUGAAAAAAUGCCUUAAUGAGCCCUCACACGUGAUAGGUUUUAAGGUGUAACAUGAUUUUAAGGCACGUUUGGGGUUUCCUUGUUGUUGUGAUCCCAAAAAAAUGAAAGAAAAGAAAAUGUUUUUGUCUUUUUUUUUUCCAAAAAAAUUCUUGAGGAAUUGUUUUCUCAAUGAAUGUACUUAGAGCAGAACAGUGGAGAAGAAUAUUUCUGCUCAGUUUUCGCCGUGAGUCUGUUUGUGUUUGUAGGUGUGUGAUUGUGAAACUGUGUGUUGAGAAGCAGGGCUCAGGGUUUGUUUGUUUUUUUUUUUCAUGUGUGAAGUAAAUUUAGAUUUAUGCUGCAUCAUUGCUGUAGAAAACAGCAACAUGAAAAUUGUACAGGGUUGUACAAUCAGUCAAUGUUGCAUCAAAAAUGAACUGUGCAUAUUAAUUUCUUUAUUAUUUUAGUACCAGAGCACUCCUCCACUAGCAAAGCAACAAAAUCUGCAGCAGAAUAUAUGGUGGCUACACCUAAAUUAAUUCUGUAGGAAGGAGGUACUUUAAUGCACCUAUUUGAUUUUUCCAGUUUAAGUGUUGCUGAAUCAUAUUUAACCUAAAAAAGUGCAGAACUCAACAUCGUCCUGCUGAAUCACUUCAUCAUUUUGCACUGUUUGCUUUAGUUUUAAUACUGACAACAUAAAUGUUAAAUCUGACACCACUGGUUUUCUUUAAAUACGUUUAACUUUAUUGAAAUUGAAAUUCUUGACAACAGAAAACGUAACAUGUUACAAAAACGCUUUGGUUUAAUCGAUUCAACAGUGUCAAUUUUUUAUAGGCUGUAAUGUUAAUUUUGUUCAUCUUUAAGGAAACUAUUUCCUGGUUUAGCAUGAAUAAAAUUAAUUUGACCAGAUUUGACUUUUAUUUCUGUAACUUCAUUUUAUGCUACUGCCAUUAGUAAUUUGAUAAAAAUUGCACAGUCAUGGCUUCCUGGGAGUUCUGUGGUUUUAACCUUUGUAUCCUUUUACUCCUGAUCAGUUUGUCUGACACUUUUCCAGUAGGAGAGUUUGCAAAACGACCCCACAAAGCAGUAAUUCUAGUUAUUAGAUUUCAUUUUUUCCAGUCAUACAAGUGCAUUUUUUUGCACACAGAAUAAAACAAGAAAAGCACUCUGAGAGUGCAGUACUCUGCUAAGGCUGCUCAGUUGUAUGAUUUCUGAUGAAAUCAUACAACUGUCGAUUUGUAGUGGGAUCGCAAUCGUGAUCAGCAGGCAGCUGACAUAGUGUUCACUUGUUGUCAUGGUUACAGUGACGCUGUGCCGCUAUGAUACGGAAAUCCUUAACAAAAUCCGUGACUAUACAGACUAUAAGCUGCAUCACUGCCAAAAUUUAAUCACUUGGUCCUUGUGCCAUUUCUGACCUUCCCUGAAAAUUUCAUCCAAAUCUGUUGUUCCUUUUUUGAAUAAUAUAACUAAUAGACAGACACCCAGACAAACGAGUGCCGAUCGUCACGUAACUCUGUCACGUUCUUUGGUGGAAUAACCACUAGGGCAGGCGACUGAACCACACAAGGAGUGUUUGUUUACAGGAAAAAUCAGCUUUACUUGUCAUGGGGGGUACAGGUCUGGAUGUAAUUUGUCAAGUCUGGAAAAAAAAAAUCAAAAUUUUGCAGUGAUGUCACUAUUGUCUCAACACAGCUUUGAGCACAACUGGUUUUCAUCAAAAAGCCUGUUUGGUCAAUAGUAAUACGGCUUUCACAAAAAUAUAUCCAUAAAGUUGCAUAUCGGUACAAUCAGUACAGUAUUUAAACUCAGGAAUUCUUUACCUGUCUGUCUUUUGUUAGUCUCUACUUCCUGGAAGUGCAACAUUAAAUAACUGAACAACGUGAUUGUGAAGGUUGUUCAUAUGUGAAGUUUUUUUUUUUUGGUGCCACUCACUUGAUUUAAACUCUGCCUACUUUGUUUUAAUGAUUUAAAACAGAAAGGACAACGUAGCAGCUCUCUGACAUAAAAAAUGGAGGGCAGGUCUCACUUGACCUACCACUUUGAUGUGUAUGUGAACACCGAGGAGCGGUGAGAUUUGAAUGGUUAAUGGGAAACAGGCCUCUUCUUCCUGCUCUGCUCUCGUUUCUACGGUAACUUAACUCUCACUCAAGACCUGGCAGAUGAAGGUAGCUGUUGCUUUAAAUGGUCUAAAGCUGCCAUAAAUUCUUCCGAUGGACCUUUAGCACAAACCAAUAAAACACAAUGUCCAACCGACAAAACACACACACAAAUUCAUACAUGUGGGCAUAUUAUCAUACGCAUUAACGUGUAAGGUAAGCAAAGGCUCAAACACACUGCUGAUAAAGCUAAGAAUGUUAUAAUUUCUGAGUGUGUUUCAGUGGUUGAUAAACAUUUGGGGCUUUGCACUCACUCCCAUGUAUGUACACACACACAGACACACACACACACAGACACACACACACAGACAGACACACACACCACCCCCUCUACAGCACACCCACAAUAAAAACUGUACUCUGCACCGUUUGAUUUUGCUCCGCUUCCACACCUGAGAAGAGACGUUGCUGCACUGAAGGUUCGCACUGUGGAUUGUGACUCCACUUCCAGUUUGGUCUAACAAGAGUUUGUCCACACAAGUUUAAGAAUGUCGUUGGAUUCUUUGCCCUUUCUAGAGAUCUUCCUGGGCUUCAUCGGCUUCGGUCUCUCCAUCAUGUUCUGCACCACCUUCUGCAGAGCCUGCAGUCGCUACAGGGAGCAGCAGAUCGAAGCGGAGGCUCUGAGACGCAACGAGAACGAAGGUCACCCGCGGUCCAUUUACUUCAUCCCCUUCCGAACAGAAGGCAUGUCACAUCCAGACAGUGAAGAUUUACACGCACCUCCACGGUACAGCACUGACGUCUACUGUGGGCCUCCACCUUCAUAUAAUGAGCUGGAUUUUAAGCCUGAUGAUCUGCCGCCUGCUUACACAGAACAUGACCUUUCUGUGAAUUCCACAGCACCCCAGUCAGUCAUAAUAGACACACAGCCACCACAAUAAGGCAUCACCAGCAGCCUGUUCCUGUGUUGAGGUUAUGGACAGUCUUGAUUAUUGCACUGCCUCGUGGACUUGAGUGAACCACUAACUGCAGUUUAUAAUGUUCCAAAGAUUCUUUUUUAUUGUGAGCUUGUUCUUUUAUUGCGACACUGAAUGUUUCGAUGGCACAAAGAGAAAAUGACAGCAGGCUUAAAGCUACAGUGAUGUAAAAGAAAAACAAGAAAAAAACAACAAAAAACACUUCAGACCUGAAUCAGAUUUUUAUUCACAUGUAUAGUGAUUGUUGAAAUGGGACACAUGAACAUCAUUUCACUAAUUUGUGUUAAAACUGCCACACUGGAGGGUGCAUGUUUGGUCUAGUUUGAUGCAUAUCUCUCUGUUCCUUUGAGGUUUUCAUGAAAUUUAAUGUAAAGUCAGGUUCACACUAUUAUGCACUUUGUUUUGGCUUGUGUCCUAAAUCGUUAUUGGGUGGAAAUGCAUUCUUUUCAUCACUUCUCCUGCUAAUUUUCCUCGAAUUGUCAAGUCAAAUUCUUGUGGCUCUGACUUAUUUUACAUGAAAUGACACAACUCUUGACAGUAUUGUGUAAUUUAAACAAGACAAUGCACGUACAUUAUUUUUGUAAGUAGAAUAGCACCUUGCUUGUACAUAGCACAACGCCAUGACAAACUGUCAUGGGUCUAAUUUACUUAACAUUUGGCACUAAUUACCCCUGCUUAAAACCCAAAUACCACUGUCUAUUGUUUGCUCAGCAUCAUAGUAUAUCCCUAUGUGUGUUUUAAUGCAGAUUUUGAUCCAAAUGCUGCUUAGAAAGUAUUUACUUUCAUCAAAAGUACAAGUUUAGGUAACUGUUGAGGCUUGACACCACUGCAACAUUGCUUUAGGUGGGAAGAUAUUGUGUUAUUUCAAGCAGAAACUGCCGAAAUAAUAGUCCAACUAAGCAACAACAUGUUCUCAAGCAGUCACAUAUAAGUUCUCUGUCAUUAAGUUCAACUACACACACACACACACACACACACACACACACACAUAUAUAUAUAUAUAUAUAUAUAUAUACUCUCUUAAUUCUUUUUUCUUUCUUUCUUUGCAACACUGUUAAUUCCUGUAGAAAGCAGUAUUUUAAAGUCAGAAUUGUGCUGUGAAUCUACAGUCUAACAGUGCCACAGUGCAUAAACUGCAGAUGAGAAACUACUGUUUAAACAGCCUUCAGUCAAACUAACAGAGACUUUUUGUAAGAAUUUUAUUGAAAAGUGAUUUUAUUCUGAAUGAAAUGUGUGAAUGAGUAAAUUGCACAAAGAAAUUCUUGUAAUCUCAGGGGGAAAAAAGGUGGAUAUUUAUAGUAGCUGGUCUACUUAAAGGUCUCUGAAAACUGAGAUAAAAAACAUUUUUGUGUCACUCCAACAUCAAGUCUGUAGUAUCACCAGUGAUAUAGAGGUUAAGUAAAAUGUCUGUAUAGUAAAACUGGCACCACAUUCAUAUGUAAAUAUAAGUUAUGCAGGAUGAUAAUGCUGUUUUAUGUGAAUACCAUUUUUAUUUUUCAAUAAAUAGUGCUGUAAAUCCAACUUGAAAUGUAUUUUAACAAAAGUAGAAUAAAAGUUGACAUGUUUUGCAAAGGUG